AACUGCAUACGUCAAUUUGACUUUGACAACAUACAUCAAAACAUGUUAUGGAUUUAUUUUUGAAUUUUAUUUAGAAACUAAUAUCCUUAUAUUUCGUAGAAACUGCUCAUUACAUUAUUCAAUAAUUUUUUUUAUCGAUCAUGGCAAGUGAUAAAAGCCCGUUUUCCAGUACCACAGCGUUCUGUCCGCGAUGUGGUUCCAUAUUACCUUUACUACAAGAGUUUGGCUCCGUCAAAUGUUACACAUGCAAAACUUAUUACGAUGCAGAGAAUUUCAGUGACCUGAAGUUUCAUUACACAAUUAACUUCAACACAGUAUCAGUUACAAAUGAAGCCACACUGAACACAGAUGGUCCUGAAGGGCCAGUGGUUGAAAGGAGAUGUCCCAAAUGCGGUAAUGAUAAGAUGUCAUAUGCGACACUGCAGUUGAGAUCAGCUGAUGAAGGCCAGACUGUUUUCUAUACUUGUAUAAGUUGCAAAUAUAAGGAGACAGAAAACUCAUGAAGACUCAUAUUAUUUUAUACACUAUAUAAUUUUAAGUAAACUAUUUUUAUUACAAUA